AAUAUUAACGGGGAUCACGGCAAUUUAUAAAAAAAACUCUACUUGACCUCCCGAACGUUUGUCCUUUCUCUUAAAACUCUCGUUUUGUAUAGCGUUUGGGGGAAAAAACCCUAGCAACUCUUUUCGCCUCCCCAAACAGCAAAUAAUGACAGGCGAAGCAGUGAAUCCAAAAGCAUACCCACUUGCUGAUGCUCAGCUCACAAUAACCAUACUAGACCUAGUUCAACAAGCUGCUAAUUACAAACAGCUCAAGAAAGGAGCUAAUGAAGCCACCAAAACAUUGAACAGGGGUAUUUCUGAGUUUGUUGUGAUGGCAGCUGAUACUGAGCCACUCGAAAUCCUUCUCCAUCUUCCAUUACUUGCAGAAGAUAAGAAUGUGCCCUAUGUUUUUGUCCCUUCAAAGCAAGCACUUGGCCGAGCAUGCGGAGUCACAAGACCCGUGAUUGCUUGUUCUGUGACAAGCAAUGAGGGAAGUCAAUUAAAAACCUCAAUACAACAACUCAAGGAUGCCAUUGAGAAGCUUUUGAUCUGAAAAAGUACAGAAUGCGUUUGUAGUAUGGUGGGCCUCUUUAGAAGAGUUUGGAGGUUUUGAGGGAUGAAGUUGUUCAACUAGGGAAGAGGGAGGUUUUAUUUUUAUUUAUGUAUUUUUUUGGUAUCAAAAUCUCUCUCAUGAUGUUUUUAUGCAACGUGCUGAGAUAAUAUUAUGGAGUUAUAUCUUGAGAAGCCAUGAUGAAUGAUGCUUUGAACUAAUUUAUAACUUCAUUAUGGUUA